CAUUGUUGUGCUGAGAGCGAGACAAGCAACCAUGGUGUUCGUGAGGACGGACCGCACUCAUGUGCUGGAGCUGGGCUCCACGGCCACUGUGGCCGAUGUGAAGGCGGCCAUCGAGGCCCGCCAGGGCAUCCCCGCUGCCGAGCAGCGCGUGAUGUUCGCCGGCCGCCAGCUGGAGGAGGAGGCCAGCCUGGGCGCCUGCGGCGUGACCGACGACUCCCAGAUGUACGUGCUGAUGCGCCUGCUGGGUGGCGCCAAGAAGCGCAAGAAGAAGACGUACACCAAGCCCAAGAAGCAGAAGCACAAGCACAAGAAGGUGAAGCUGAGGGUGCUCAAGUUCUACAAGGUGGACGACAGCGGCAAGGUGCAGCGCCUGCGCAAGGUGUGCCCCCAGUGCGGCCCCGGCAUCUUCAUGGCCACACACUUCAACCGCGUCUACUGCGGCAAGUGCCACCUGACCUACGUCUACGACAAGGAGGGCCAGACCGCGUGAGCAGAUGGCUGCCCCAAGGCUGGGCCGGCCUGACGUGUCGUUGAUGCGGCCACAGGCAGCAGCGGGUGUGCCCCCACGGCGGCGGUGCGCAGCAGCAGGUUCCGCUUUGUUGCCGCCAAUGCUGUAAAGGCCCCGGCUCCA